GCCCGAUUUCAAACCAAUAAAAUGCAUCGCCCUGGCACCAAACCCCGCGUGAUGAAGAAGGCGACGUCCAACGCGUUCAAGUUGAACACGUCGACAGCCUCUUCGGCUCCAUCGGCAUCACCAGGAAGCAGUAGCACCAGCGACGCACGCUCCAGCAAUGCCACGUCCAAACCAGCAGCAUCAGGCUCAUCUGCCACGGACUCGUUCUUAUCCGCGCUUGCAACUGCCAGCACCGUUGCGGCGGCAACGUUGGCGAAUGUUCUUCCAGACGUGCAUGUGAAUCUGUUCUGUCUGUGCGAAACCAGCGGGGACCUCGUGUUCGUAGGUGCCAAGGGUCGCUUGUGCCACAUUAACAUCCACGCGUCCAAGCCGAGUCUGCACGACCUCACACCGACGAAAUCCUCAGACAAAGUGAACGUCCACGUCCUCUCGUCCGCGUCCCACCUCGCGUUCAAUUCCCGCGGGACCAAGGUCCUCGUGCAGACGAACGAAGGUGCUUUGUACGUGUUCAACCUGCCCCUCAGCGCGCACCAUCGUCUCACGCCGACGCCGCAGCUCGUCCAAGUCGUGUUUGCCGACGGCAGCCGCCGCGUGGUCAAGCUAGACGACGUACCUUCGCCCGACACGACGUCCGUCCAGCGCGCGCUCGCGACUCUCUCGCCAUCCGACCGCGCCAAGGUCAAGACCGUCGUGCCGGACGUGUUUGAGGUCGACUUGCGUCGGCUCCUUCUCCUCCCCACCGUCACAGCGGUGUCCGCUACGUGGCACCCGCUGAGCGACUCCCACGUCGUCCUCUUGACGUCCACGGACGACUUGCUCGUGUACGCGACCGACGACAGCACGUUCAGCCCCGAGCAAACCCACCCGCUGUCGUUCGCCCCUCCCUCGUCCAGCGUGGGUGCUUCUGCGACAACGUCGCUAAGCUUUGGCCCUGUCACAGGAUGGGAAGCCCUGACAGUGUACAUCCUCCGAUCGAAUGGCGACCUCUUCGCACUGAGCCCCAUCCUGCCCCACGACGGCGCGUCCGUGCCCGCGUCCCUGCUCCGCUUUCUCCAUCAAGCUACGGAUGGCCAGCUCACGCUCGCCAACGUCGACUUGGACACGCGCAUCCACGUCAAAGCCCAAAAGCACUGGCUCGCCACUGUCUGGCCCGCCGACCUGCCGCCGCCAACCGUCGACGAAGAUGAGGACAUCACUUCUCCAUUGUCGGCUCCAACCAACGCAUGGACGCGCUCGAGCACCUCCGCCGACGCCGUCGCGACCCUCCACUGGCCCGUCCAACUGCAAGGCCCGUUCCCGUACGGAUCGGCAACAUGGUCCCAUCCAAACAGCAAAGCGCACAGUGUGGCGGCGGUCGCGUACCCCGGGGCAUCCCCCAACAACCUCGGCCGUGCCCCGGUCCUCGCCAUCGGGUGGUCCAGUGGCCACGUUACGAUCGUGGUCAUGGAACGACCAGUGCAGCCGCGAUGGCAGCUCAAGAAGCCCAAGCCCCAACAGUCGUCUAGCUCCCCCCCCCCGCCGUCGGUCUACCUCGUCGAGUGCAUCAACAUUGGCGCCACCUGUGACAACGGCAAACUGCACUUGGCUACGCAUCCCCUCAACGCCCAAGUCGUGUACGCCCUCCAUUCUACGGGGGUGCAUGUGCUGCACCUGCCCUACGUCACAGCUCCUCUGGCGCCGCCCCCAUUUACAGCGUCCGUCCACCGCGUGCUAUCGCUCGCGCCAUCCGCGACCGCGCUGGUCACGGGCGCCGCGGUCAUCUACUCGGUCGAGCGGGGCCAUGUACUGGUUGUGUUAUAUGCCAGUGGCCAGUGGGAACUCGUGAAUGUGUCGGCCAAGACAGCCAGCUGCUGCUCCUCGUCCUCCAUCGUUCGUGCCCCAGCACCAUCUUCUUCGUUCACAGCAACGACACCGGUGGUUACCCCGCUAGCCCAGCUUGUGGACGAGUUGCAGGAGAAGUUUGUAAGCCACAAGAUCCACGUCCAAGGCGGAUCUACCUCUCUACCCGACACAACCAUCGACACGUUCCAUUUCGCCCAAAACCAUAUUCCAGCACUCCUCGACCAAGCCGCGUACGUUGAAGCGAUCGGCGCCGCGACUCGCAGCCGGAUCGAGCUGCACCGCGAAUGGAAGGACCAGCAGACGACAGACGCCGCCACCCUCGACGGGGCCCUCGGCGCAUCCGCAUCCGCCUUUGCCGACCUUCUCACCCGCGUCCAAGCUCUCCAAGCCAAGCAAAGCCAACUCAACGACCGCGCCGCCGCUGUCCUGCAGGCCGUCAAGGAGAACCAGACGGUGCUGUCCAAAGCUGAGAUACAGUACAAGCAGGAACUCCAAGAGAUGGCCCACGCCGCCAGACGCCUCGUGCCGAAAGUGACCCAAGUGAAACUGGAUGCGCAAAAGUUGCUGCGAAACGCACUAGUCGACAUAUCACCACCAACCACAGCGUCUAGCUUGUCCCCCGACCGAGCGCGGAUCUGCCACGACGUCCUCACGGCAGAAGCCCAGCUGAUUGCAGACACCACCGCGCGACUGCACGAACUCACGUCCCUCGUCGCCUCAUCGCUGCAUCUCUAAACCCUACAAUACAGCGACAAAUAUAAUAGUUAUACAUAUAUAUAUAUAUAUAUAUGUA